UGGUGAUAUCAUUUGUGCUGAGUGUUUGACUUUGCUCUGCUCCUCAGGGACGAGUCUUAUCAGUCUCAGAUACUUACAGUACUUACAUAAUCUGGUCAUUAUGUUCAGAUAUCUUGUCUUGAUUUGCAAAAACAGUUUAAAGCGAUAAAAACACAUGCAGGUUUAAAUGAGGUUACAGUCCUAAAAGCUGUGAUAUAUUACGUCUUGUCAGCCCAGUUAGCCAACAACACCUGUAUGUGUCAAGGUAGGAUGACAUGAGGAGCCCUGUGUGGUUUGGAAAUCACAGCGCAGCUUCAUCCAGAUGUGAAAAAGCUUUUUAUGAGCUGUAAUUAUGACACUAUACAUAAUGCAAUCAGGGAAGGGCUUAAAAGAAAAAAAAUGUAAGCAGCACAGAUGGAGUCAUUUAAUUGUUUUUUUUUUGUUUGAGAUGGAAGCGGAGUGACGUUAACAAGAAAAGUGUCGGCUGAUUACAGCAGAGUGGGAGAAAACGGUGAUUACAGAAAGAAGAUGGAGAGGGAAGUCAGCCAUGCCCUCCAUCAGAAAACAAAGUGUUCAAGGACGAAUCAAGAAGUCUUCUUGACUUUGUUUGUCUCCGAAACGUCUUUGUUUAGUCCUCCUUUUUAAACAUCUUCACUUGGCCCAGAUGCAUCCCUGAUGUAUGUUUGGAGCUUUUCCAAACAUGAGGUGAAGCCUGUUUGGUAGUGCCCUAGAAGUUUUUAAUAUUUCCCUCAUGGCUUGAAUCCCCAAUAUCAAUCAUCUCUGUCCUAUUUCUACAAGAAGUGCAUUACAAAGUAAGCAAGGAAAGAAAUCCAUCGCUCCUAAUGUUAGUUUCGCUAUAAAACUCCAUGUUUAUUAGCUUGAUCGGAGACAUUUCAGGAGUAGUUUGGAAUUAGGAAUCUGACGUCUUUGUGUCACAGUGAGAUCUCCCAGAGCAACUGCAUCACAUGCAUCCGGAGACAUGCCUUCCUCUCCCUCCACAGCCUGGCUCAAAUUUCAGUGCGGAAUAUCAACAGUCUGAGGGUCAUUGAGAAAGGGGCCUUUACUGACCUUCCCAAGCUGGAACAUUUAUAAGCAUCAAAUAAGAGAUUUGGAAAAAAGCCAAAACAGAAUAAGUAUCAGUGUUGACUUCCUUGACUUGCAAUAUUAUGUUUUAAAUUGACAAACAUCAUAGGACAUAGGAUCCAGCAUUUUGAAACUGUCAAUCCGGAGACAUUUUUUAUAUAUCUAGCAUUCAUUGCUGCGUGUUAAAUGUGAAGAAACAUGUCAAAGGUCACAAGCAGACCACAUUUAACCUGUACUGAGUCAAUAUGUCACCCUGUGACAUUUUGCGGGACGAUUUGUUCUUAUCUUCUCAUGUCCUUCACAGGAGCAUCUCUAACACAGGGCUGAUACACUUCCCAGACUUCACCACCAUCUCUUCCCUGGUGCCAAAUAUGAUCCUAGAAAUGGCAGACAACAUGAGGAUUGACAUCAUUCCUGCCAAUUCGUUCCAGGGCAUCACAGAGGAGUAUGUCGACAUGAACCUGGUUAGAAACGGCUUCAAGGAAAUAAAAUCCCAUGCAUUCAAUGGAAUCAAGCUCAACACACUGAUUUUGAGAGACAACAAGUAUCUCAGUGACAUUGAAGAAGAUGCUUUUGAAGGAGCCACAGGUCCGAGUUCCCUGGAUGUGUCCUCCACAGCUCUGAGUUCCCUCCCCCCUAAAGGAUUGAGGCAGGUAAGGUAUCUGAAAGCCAGCUCUGCCUUUGCUCUGAAGACCCUCCCUCCGCUGGAGAGCCUGGCCGAGCUGCUGGAGGCCGAACUCACGUACUCCAGCCACUGCUGCGCCUUCCACACAUGGCGACGGAAACAAAGGGAAAGUGCCUUAAAGAACUUCACAAAGUUUUGUGAUCUCAGUGAAACUGAAACAGAUCCCACUGCAGAUGGCAUGUAUCUCAUCGAUGACAUCAACUUUCAGUAUCCAGACCUCCUAUUCGAUUGUAUUAACAGCCCCUUCGUCAAGUGCACGCCAAAGCCAGAUGCGUUUAACCCCUGUGAGGACCUGCUGGGCUUUCCCUUCCUGCGCUGUCUCACCUGGAUAAUCACCGUGUUCGCUGUGACUGGUAACCUGGCUGUUCUGGCUAUGCUGCUAAUCAGCCACCGCAAGCUGACCAUCUCCAAAUUGCUCAUGUGUAACCUGGCCUUCGCUGACCUCUGCAUGGGGCUCUACUUGAUGCUCAUCGCCUUCAUGGACUACCUCUCUCGUCACGAGUACUACAACUACGCCACCGACUGGCAGACGGGGCCCGGAUGUGGCGUGGCGGGGUUUUUGACAGUGUUUGCCAGCGAGCUGUCAGUGUAUACGCUGACUGUGAUUAGCCUUGAACGCUGGCACACCAUCACCAACGCCAUGCAUGUGAACAAGAGGCUGCGUAUGCACCAUGUGGCAGCCAUAAUGGGGGCAGGCUGGGGCUUCUCUCUGCUGGUUGGCCUGCUCCCUCUAGUGGGGGUCAGCAGUUACAGCAAAGUGAGCAUCUGUCUGCCCAUGGACAUCGACACGUUGGGCUCUCAGGUUUACUUGGUGGCUGUGCUCAUUCUCAAUGUUGUUGCUUUCCUGGUAGUCUGCUACUGUUACAUAUGCAUAUAUCUGAGUGUUCGCAACCCAGAGCACUCUACCCGCCACGGAGACACCAAGAUUGCCAAGCGCAUGGCCGUGCUCAUUUUCACAGACUUUGUGUGCAUGGCCCCAAUCUCCUUCUUCGCCAUCUCCGCGGCCCUGGGUAUGCCCCUCAUAACCGUGUCUCACUCAAAGAUCCUGCUCAUCCUUUUUUAUCCCAUCAACUCCCUCUGCAAUCCUUUCCUGUACACCCUCUUCACACGGGCUUUCAGGAAGGAUGCAUGCCUGCUGCUGAGACGCUGCGGCUGCUGCCACGCCAACGCAAACGCCGACUUUUACAGGUCACAGACUUUGGCUUCACACCUCAACUGCACCCAGAAAACAUCUAACCCUCACUCGCUUAGCUUCUAUGCCUAUCACAUUAAGGUGAAGGACUGCUUUCUAAACAAGGGAGCCACAUGACCAUCAACACUGAACAUUUUAUCAUGACCUUAAAGGCAGCAUCUGCUGCUAAAUAUGUAGCAUUUCAGGUCAGGGUGAAGAGAUUCUCAGUCUUGUACAUGGCAGGUGUUGGAUCAGAUUUUAUCUUUUUAGUUUACAAGGUGAAAAUUUCAUCAGUCAGGACCAAGAGACCUCAAACUGAAGACAACGGGUGCUGCAGCCUUCAUUUCUGCACAUGCGAUGUGGUACAAAGAAGCAGAUGGAUGGAGCAGAAAUGAGUCAGUGUAUUUGCAAAGCUGUCCUAAAGCACUGGUGGUCAUGUGUGUUAUUAAGAUCAAGAUAUAUAGUAUACAACAGCUUUUGUGUAAGAUGUUACAAGAAGACACAUUUAGUUUCUAUUAAAGUAGAAAUGAUUUGUUAUUCUGUCCUAAAGGUCAUUGACUACAAUGAAGUAAAUGUGAUCAAACAGAAGUGUUUGUUUCAGCUCAGCAGAGAUGAGUUUUAGUGCCAUCUAUUGGGUUGUUGUGCUCAGAGACGACUUGCAGACAUGCCAGAGCAGCCACACAGACUCAGUUCAAGCUAAAUAGUCCUGCUGUUCAAAAUGUCCUGGAUUUUCACAAUAAGACAUUUUAAUAAAACAUUUUUAAAAAAAGUGUGGUCAAUUA